CAGGUGUUUGGUGGCUUCUCUUCCAAUGAGCUCAAGCUUAGCUCUAGUUUCUACGGAACCGGAGAAACCUUUCUGUUCAGCUUUUCACCACAGCUAAAGGUCUUCCGGUGGACAGGGGACAACACGUUUUUUAUCAGAGGGGAUGUCCAGUCCUUGACAUUCGGAGGAGGCAAUGGACAUUUUGGCCUGUGGCUGGAUGGAGACUUGUAUAACGGAAGAAGUCAGAGGUGCGACACUUUCAACAACCUCAUACUGUCCACUAAGGAGCAAUUCCGCGUCCACAGCAUCGAAGCCUGGGCAUUCCUCUGA